AUGCUAGAUUCUAUAGAUCAACUCAUUCAGAUAGUUUUGAAUAAUGGGAAACAAAUAAUACUCAUACAAAUAGCUUUCACAGUUGCUUUGAAAAGUUUUACUUUGAUACCUUAUUGGUUUUUGCUAGUUUCAAUAUCAUUUGGUCUAAUUUAUAAAUACUCCAUAAGAUAUAAUUUACCGAAUGACUGGACUGAGUUGAAUGAGAAUGAUAUUUGUUUAAUUACGGGAGGCUCAAAUGGAUUAGGUUUAGAAAUAGUCAAAAACUUGCUAGCUAAAAAAGUCAUAGUUUACAAUUUUGAUAUUUCUCCAAGUGACCAUGACCAUGCGGUUAAUUUCAUAAAAUGUAACAUUGGAAUUGAGGAGGAAUUGAAGUUUGAAUUGAAUAAGUUAAUUGAAUCACUAAGAUCCAAGAAUAAAUACAUAAGUAUAGUUAUAAAUAAUGCUGGAAUAAGAGAUAAUAGACCUUUAAUAACCCUACCAUCAGACAGAAUACAUCAGAUUAUUAAUGUGAAUUUGUUUUCUCAAAUUUGGAUCCAACAGACAGUGUUAAACAAUCAUUUACAAAAUAACCCCAAUGGAAAGCUAUCUAUAGUCAACAUGAGUUCAAUACUUGGGACAUUUGCACCCAAAAAUUUAUCGAUAUACUGUGGUUCCAAAGCUGCAUCAAUUCAAAUUCAUGAUGCAUUAGUACAGGAGUUCAAAAGACAUGAGAAGAUACGAUUUUUGUUAAUUACAACUGGUCAACUAAACACUAGCAUGUUUAAUGAUGUUAUUCCAUCUAGAUUAUGGUUUGCGCCCAUCGUAGAUAAAGAUUAUUUAUCAAAUCUUAUACUAGAAAAAAUCAACACUGGUUACUCAGGAAUUAUUUGUGAACCAUUUUAUGCUAAUUUUUUACCUAGUUUAAGAUGUUUCCCAAUGUGGUUUCAAGAUUUAUGUAGAUACAUAUCAGAAAUUGAUGACAAAAUAAAAGAGCAUUAG